AGAUGAAGCACGCCAGGAACUGCCCCAUCGAUUGUGCUUCUGUUUACUACAACGGGCUCCGGCGGUCGGGGGUCUACAGCAUCAUGCCCUCCGUAGGAGGGAUGCCUAUCGAGGUGUUGUGCGAGAUGGACACCGAAGGUGGGGGCUGGACGGUCAUCCAGAGGCGUCAGGACGGCUCGGUUGACUUCAAUCGGACCUGGAACGAGUACAAGGAGGGCUUCGGGGACCUCAGCGGCGAGUUCUGGCUGGGCAACGAGAACAUCCACAAGAUAACCAGCCAAGGGGACUACUCGCUGCGUAUCGACCUGGAGGACUGGAACAACAAACACAAGCACGCCUUCUACCAGGUCUUCAGCAUCGAGGACGAGGCCAACUACUACCGCCUGCACGUGGACGGGUUCAGCGGGACGGUGGAGGACUCCUUCGCCUGGUACCACAACAAGAGGAGCUUCAGCACGCCCGAUUCGGGGAACAUCUGUGCCGAGAUCUCCCACGGGGGCUGGUGGUACCACCAGUGCUUCUUCUCCAACCUCAACGGGGUGUACUACAAGGGCGGCCGAUACUCCAUUAAAAACCGAAAGAUCCUGGGCCCCGACGGCAUCGUGUGGUACUCAUGGAAGGACACGGACUACUACUCCCUGAGGAAGGUGGCCAUGAUGAUCCGGCCACGCACCUUCCGUCCCCACCUCUCCCCGUGAAGCAGGCCCGGGCCUUCUUCCAUUCACCCAUUGCUGGGAACAAAAGUGUGUGGAAAUAACUCCUCGGGAGCAAAAACUGAGCCUGGGGGUCCCUGAUGGACUGAGCCACCAUCCUUCCUGCUGCCUGUGGGCCUCGGAGAGAGCUGAACCACCCCCGGGAGCGUGAAGGCCUUCAGCGAUGCUGGGGUGGUGAAAGCUCUCCUCACGCCAUGGAGGUGGGCCAUGAGGAUGGCCUUGCGAAGACAAGCAUGGGGCAGUUUUUCACAGCAGUUUUUGGCAGCAUUUUUUUUUUGGCAGCACUUUUUUUUGGCAGGAUUGGGCUUCCCCAAGGCCUGAGCCCCAACGCGGCUGCUGGCUUGGGGUGGUUUGUAGGCCGCAGCUUGUGUUGAGGGGAGGUGUUGAGCGCUCUGGAUGUGAACCCAAGAGUAAAUUCAGACCAGCAAUCCUGCAUUUAUUUUCUACAUCUCUUGGCUUGGUGUUCACAUUAUUGUGUGUGUAUUUAGCACUGGAGGUCCAACGCUUCAACCCAGGGAUGUCCUGCAAGGUGCUGAGAUGGCCCUGGGGAGAGCAGGGAGACCCAACCUCACUGCCCAAACCUCAUCGUGGCCAAAAAAGGAGGAAGAUCCGCAGUGGUCCUCGCUUCUCUGGCAGGGAUUGUGUAGCUGCAAUAAUUAUGCCCCAAAUAAAAGGAUUUAAAAAUCAA